CUUGGAGGAAACCAACUAAGCGGUUUUCACCAGCAUCGCGUUUCUACGCUCCUCUCCCGGAACAUGGCGACGAAUUCGCAGAGCACUCUGGAUGAGGUAGACAAGGACGGCAACGUCAAGCGCACGGAGAGCACCUUCCGGGGAACCGUCAGCAGCUCCGACCCGGUGCAUAAGCCGGAGGCUGGCCGCUACCACCUGUACGUCUGCAACGCGUGCCCGUGGUCUCAACGCGCGCUCAUCGCCCGAGCACUGAAGGGGCUCGAAGGCGUGAUUGGCGUGUCGGCGACUCACCCAACCUGGCAGAAGACCCUCCCCGACGAUGACAACGACCACCACUACGGCUGGGCGUUCGCGAGUCCAGACGACCCCCCGUUCGUACCCCCGGGGGGAUAUGGUUCGGUGCCUUCUGGGCCCGGCGCCAUCCCUGACCCCCUCCACAGCUUCAAGACCGUGCGGCAGAUCUACGACAUGGCCGUCGGACCGGGGAAGAUGAGCAAGUAUACGGUGCCCAUCCUCUGGGACGAAAAGACGAAAAAAGUGGUCAACAACGAGUCAUCGGAGAUCAUCCAGAUCUUCAACACGGCCUUCAACGACGUGGAAGGCGUGGGAAACCCGGGGCUGGACCUCGCCCCCCAGACGGACCAGGAGAGAGCGUGGGCGGAAGAGGUGGACGACUGGCUGUACAACGAAGUGUGCAAUGGCGUCUACAGGUCGGGUUUCGCGAAGACUCAGGGAGCGUACGACGUGGCCGUCACCAGCCUAUUCGCCCACCUGGACAAGCUGGAGCAGGUUCUGUCGACGCGGCGAUACCUGGCCGGGGAUCGGGUGACGCUGUCGGACGUGAGGGUUUUCCCGUCCCUGGUGCGCUUCGACGAGGUGUACAACGUUUACUUCAAGUGCAACAAGAAGCGGCUCGUCGACUACCCCAACAUCCUCAACUACGUCAGGGACCUGUACCAGAGCUACCCGGAGGGCUUCGCAUCUACCACAGACAUGGACCACAUCAGGAAGCACUACUACACGUCGCACGCGGCGCUCAACACCUACGCCAUCGUGCCCGUAGGGCCCAACUUUCUCAAGACCCUGACGGAGCCCCACGACCGCGACAGGACGUUCUGAGAGCGUCCGAGCUUAUCAAGCGUCUCGUUUUCUUGCGCUGUUCGGUAGACCAUGCCGUCGUCUGUCGUCCUCGAGGAUAGAAAACGUUUGCGAUAUCCAUUUUGUACCAUAUUAAAUGCAGUAGAAAGAAAAAUUGGUCUUCAUGUUUGAAGCACUCUCUUCGGAUUUUCUGGAGGCCGAAAAUGAGAGGUUUCAGUUUCGGGGGGUACUUCCACAGCUGCCUAAAGGUAGCAGUCAGUUUCCCUUUCUAUGCUAGCAGUUACUGUUUUGAGGGGUACACACGGGCCCUCUUCACAGAACGAUUUGAGAAGCGAUUCGAAUUCAGGGAUUUUGUUUUUCUUUGUGUUCGCAGUCAAACUCGAAGAAACUCGUCGAGUUCAUGAAUUGGCCAGAUAAGAGGACGGGGGAGAGAAACAUCUGAAGUAGCAGCCCCCAAGACCGCGAAAAAGAACCUUACCUAGUGCUCAAUACGAUUUGCUCCUGUUUCAAAUCUUCGCAGUUAGUUGAACGAAGUAGCACGCUGCGGCAAAGACUAGAGUAGGAGCUCAUGGCACGGAAGAGCUGCGAAUGACGUGAAGCUGGCUGCUCGGCGUGUGCCCGUAUAUUUUAUACGUACGUAAGUUACGCGAACUCGGGCGGGCCCAUACUGGCGGACACCAAGUAUAUCUACUGGUGGAGUCGCAGUGUUGGUUGGGGUUUAGUACGUGAAAAGUGACAACUCGGAAGUGCUGUGUGUGGCUCCACCGAUCAGGAUAGAAGGUGUUGUGUGGUCAGAAAGCGGCGAGCAAAAAGUGCUGCUCCUCCUCUAGAACGACCAAACACGUUUGUGUGCUGCCUCUGGUAUUCGGUGUUGUUCAUGGUCCGGUUUUUGCAGCUUUCAUGCGCGGAACCGUGGUGGGGAUAUAGAAAUUUGGUGUAGGACUGCCUUUUAUUACGUGUUCAUCCCUGUGUGUUU